AUGCCAGUCCCGGACACGUACGCCUCGUCCACGCCCACCUGCAUACAGCCUUUAAGCCCCGACCCAUUGGAGCGCCAUACGCUCGACCGCGAUGACGGGCGAAGGACAGUUGUCAGUAGCGACGCUGCUGUCACAAAAACACGGGCGCAUGCCCGACGGGACGCUAGGCUGAGCUGCGGUUACGGUGGAACACCUCGGGAUCGUGACAAACGUCGAUUUGGUUCUGCCCACGCACAUACUCUGGGUCAGAAGUCUCAAGUAUUGAACGGAUGCGAUGAUAGGCUUGGAUGGUUGAAAACUCGUAUGACUUCGCCUGAGCUACCACCGCCAGUGAGAUUUCCCGCCGGUGUCGCAUCGGAGAGCACCGCGUCGAAGAAGGUGGCCCUUCCGCCAGGCGUCCAGACACAAAUUUCAGUGAAGAUGGGAGGGCUCCGAGUCGCUGCAUGGGAGGCUCGUGAGAGCAGGAUGCGGCGACGACCUCAGGACGAGACUCUGUUGGUGCAGCAGGAGCAGGAGCAGGUCCGUCAGCCAGGCGCGAGAUACAAGCGUUGCUAUCUGAAGGAUAGCACAGAAGACUGCAGAUAUUGUCUCGUGGACGUGGCGCCACAGAUUGUGACGGACAUCGCGAUUGCAAAGCAGACGUACUCCAAAGGAAGCGAUUUCCGUACCGAACGAGCUGGUAUGCAAGACGAUGCAGACGUUGAACACUAA